AUGCCACGCUUGCCACACAUUGGCGCUUUGCAGUUGUUGCUGCGGCAAUGGCAGCUUCUCACACUGGCGCCCAUUAGCUAUGCGCGUGGGCGUGGCGCACGCUGCAGCCGCCUGGUGACCACAAGCGCUGCAAUCAAGUGGCUGAUACUGCUGGCGCUCUCCCCGCUGUUGCUGCAACAAAGUGUGUCCUUGUACGAGGCCACCAACGUGCAACAUUCGUCGCUCUUCAGACACAUAGCUCUGGGCACAAUGGCUGGCGAUUUGGGAAUCUCGUUGGCGCUGCUGGGCGCGCACUUGUGGCAACGUCAACGCUUGGCCAAGUUGAUCAACAGCUUGGUGAAGCUGCAACAACGUGUUGGGCUUGGCUGGUGUGCCACGCUGCUGCUCUGGGCCAAAAUGUUGCUAUCGCUAUAUGAGCUGCUCUGCAAUGUGCCGUUCUUGCAACAAAAUGCCGCACGUCUGCCUUGGCUGCAACUGUUGGCCUACAGCGUGCAGUUGUAUGUGCAACACGUGAGCAGCGUCUUUGGCAAUGGCAUCUUUGGCGCGCUGCUGCUGCUGCUGACGCAUAUACGACAACUGCAACAUGAGUUGCAAGUGCAACGCUGCUGGCAACGCGAGCAACAUUUGCUGCGUAUUUUCGAGCAAUUUGUCUCCGUUUUUCAGCCUGGCAUGCUGCUGCUAGUGCUGGGCAGCUUCAUCAACAUCCUGGCCAAUAUGUAUGCCUAUAUGUCGUACUUUGUGGCUCAACACGGCGUGCCGCUGACUAUAUCGAACUAUUGCCUGAUUGUUGCAAUACAACUAUAUGCGCUUAUAUUGGUCGCCUAUGUCUGCCAGCUGCAGCAUCAACGUCUGCGCAGUCGCUGCUUGGAGCUGUACUAUGUGCCUGCAACUAUGAAUGCCCAACAGGCAGCGUUGCCGACUAAAACGCUCAGCUGGCCGCUGCUUAAGCCGCAUUUGAAAUUCUCAAUACUUGGCCUCUUUGAGCUGGAUAAUGCCUUUUGGUUGUUUCUCGUCUCCUAUGCCGUCAAUUUUAUUGUCAUCAUCUUGCAAUUCACGCUGGAGAAUAUGAAACGUUAAACGGUUUUUUUUUUCAAAGCAUAAACAGCUGCGCUUAGGUUUGUGUCAGCGCUAAACAGUUACAGCAGCCCUGUUGCGUUUAUCGAUAGCUAGCGCUGCCUGCUGCUAACAGCUGUGCGAUAUUUUUCGUUAUAAGUGUUGACAGUUUGAAUUUAAAACAAUGCA